CUCACCUUCCUUUUUUAUCUUUUCUUAUGUCCCAUGGACGGUCGUGAGAACACCUCCGCCUCUGACCGUGUCAGUAGUCGCGAUAACGCUGUCUCGAAAACAAACCUGGAACUGGCAUGGUGGGGGAUUACACAUACACACUGCAUUUCUGAGGAUACCCGGUUUCACGCUAAUUCAGUCUGUGUUUCGCUUUCGAAACCACUCAUACGAAACGUGUUAAUUAUACGCGAAUUCCGCACUUGUCGAUUUUAAGUCGGUGCUAUUUCCGUUCGCAGUUCCUCUCUCGACUUCCAAAAGGAGUACCGGGCGUCCAGACAGACACUGAAGUGCGCUUCACAACUUCGACGCCACUGAUGGUUGUCUGUGCCAAUGGUUUGCACGUUUAGCAUGAAGUGCAGCUACCAUUACACGUGGAACAGAGAAAUCGUGUUCAACUCGCAGAAGUUGGUCAAGAGACGUUGAUUGAUUGAGGAUAGAAGAGAACUGCCCAUCAUUUCCCAUCUUCAGAUCACUGCCAUUAUUUGCCAUUCCUCAGGUUAACUCAGACUGAUUGAAAAGACAUUCUGUGUCGUGUUUGUUGAUAUUGCCGAGUCCAGUAGCAGCCCGCCAUGUCACUUGUUUGUUAUGAACCUUACCUACUCGAUGAAAAGAUCCUGCCCCUGCUGGAUGCGGUCGAGGCGCCGCGGGCGGUGCCGGUACCUCUCCAGCACGCCUUCAAGGAUGACCCAGCCACCACCACCACCGCAGCUACUACGGAGUACUUCCUGAAUGACUUCGAGAACGUGUACAACUCCGUGGCCUUGACACCGCCCCAAAGCCCUCCAGCCAAGGGACCGCCCAUGCUGGCUACCCUCGAACCUAUCAGCCAGCCGUUGCAGCAGCACGUUUACCCGGCUGUCGUGCCCCAGGUGCCGUCGCCGGGGAAGAUCAUCGCACAGGAAUUUUGCCCUCUGCCCAUGUUGAAUGAAAUGGAAUGCAAUGUGUUCCCCAACCAACAGAGCCCUGACAUCGCUCUCGAGCUUGCCGAGGUGGAAGAGUUGGUGCGCUCUCGUGUCGAAGACAUGCAGUGGAGCAGCAGCCAGAGCAGCUCCAGCAGCAGUCCCAGAUCACCAGAAAGUAGCAGCUGCAGCAACUUCGGCGAUUGCUCUUCCGACGACCCGGAAUGGGUCCCGGAGCCGGUCACCGGAGACGCGGUCCCAGAACCUGGAGCUAAACCGUCUCGCAAAAGGGCCCGGGCAUACUCUAAGACGCCUGUUGAAGCGAAGAAGUUGAUCGGCGCGGCGAUACGUCUGCGCCUACUAUAUUUCAACAAACAACAAAACAGAGAGUUAUGAAGGAUUAUAUUUUUGACAGGAAAUGGAAGAAAACAAAAAAGUUUGAUACCCUGUAUUCUGGAAACAUAUCAUUACCGGAAUUAUGCUUCUAUGAACUCUUCUUCUUCUUCUUCUUCUUCAAGAAAUCAUCCCUUGAAGUAUGUCCAGGUACUUUAUUAACACCCAGUAUAUGGUGAGAUCUGUUGACAUAGACCUGAUCUACAACUUCCUUGAAUAUGCGGCCUUUCUUUUUAAACGUAUAAUACAUAUAGUAAGUUAUUGGACAAUGUUCCUGAAUUCACCGCCAAUUACUCCAUAUUUAUCAAUUUAUUUCAGUUGUACCUUUAAAGCUUGUGUUUUAUUGCCCAUUGCCGAUACCUAGUCGGCUAUUUUUCUUAAUACCAAUAUAAGCAUUGGGAUGCAUACAGGUGCCUUUUUUGACCAUACAACAGAGUCCGCGAGGUCUAAAUUUAUCGACGAUUCGAUUUAAUUGUUCCAGGUUCGUAAGAAGGAGCAAAACAAGAACGCUGCUACCAGAUACCGAUUGAAAAAGAAAGCGGAAGUCGAAGAAAUCCUUACCGAGGAGAAGAUACUGCUGAACACGAAGAACGAUCUUGACACGAAGCUUACGGAUUUGCAAAGGGAAAUCAAGUAUCUUAAGGGGCUUAUGCGCGACCUCUUCAAAGCGAAGGGUCUCAUCAAUUAACAUCGGUAAACAGGCUAUAUAUGUUCGUUGAUGUAAAUUCGGUUCACAUUUUUUCGAUCUUUACACACUUGUGGAAACUUAUGGCGAUUGACAGCAUCAAACAAAACAUACUGUUUCAAAGGAAAUUUCGUUACUUUAAAGCAGUGUAAUACUUACAAUGUAUGCCAAACUCAAAAACGGCAUAUGUCAAAUUUUCAACUUCAACGUUACAUGAUAAGUGUUUCAAUUAUUUUUUAAUAUAUAUUUGUGCUUCAUGAUUUCCAUGUAUCAUUUUUUGUAACUUUUUCUAGAAAAGAUUGGUAGAAUAGGUCCAACUGUAUGAUAGGAAAGAUUUUUUGUUUUAUCUAUAUAUGUAUCUUACAGCAAGAAAUCGAAUAUGAUGCGUAUCCAUCGUAUUCUGUUUCAGCGGUUUUCCUUUUUAUUCUUUGUUUGUAUACGUUUCAAAUGUAACACUAACAUGUAGUCUACGCAUCAGUACUAAUAAAGGUUGAUCAUAGAUGGGAUUUUAGAUAAUUUUUUUACCAGUUUGGGAUGGGGCAUUAGAAUCGUUGAAAUAGAAAAAAAAGAGCU